GUUUCUCUUCUUCUUCUUCUCCCCUGCACCGAACAAGAGCUCCAGCCACCACCAACGCCUCUUCCUCUUGAGAAAUCGAAUCCCAGAUCUGCUCUGCUCUGUCUUCACUGUCUGCUGCUCUUGUUUGUGGGGGCGAAAUUCUUUAAAAUUCUGAUUGCCGUCGGCCUUCCCCCAAACUGCAGCUCCGGUUUUCGCUGCUAAAUUCUGGUGCUGUUAUGGCUUAAAGCAAUGGGAUUGAGUUCUCGGUUUUAUGCGAGUAAGGUAAGUAAAUUUAUAGUAAUGCCCGUACAGUUUUUAAAAACAUGUUUUGACUUGUUUUUGAAGUGGUGGCAGGACUAAACCCGUUUUAUACAAAAGUAAGUAUGGUUGAUUUGAACUGAAAUUUUUAUGCUUUUCAUUAAAUUGAGCAUGCUUACUUGAAAUUGAAAUUUAAUUGAUUGUCCUGAUGAUCUGAAAGUGAUUAGUGAAUUAUGGUUUUUCUGUUAACUUCUGUCUGUUUUGUCUUCGAUGUGGUCAUGUUAUUAAUGUGCCCGCUAGUGGGAGGUUUAUAAACACUAACACAUGUCAACAUGUUAUUGAUAGAAUCGGUUCGUUUGAGUGACCCUGCUAAUGGGGGUUAUACACCAGCAAAUAGUGUAGCCUACUAGUGGGGGGUUUAUAACACUGGCCAUGACCUAUAGAGGAGACGUCUAUUUCGUUCUCGUACUGUAUCCGUUUUUCAUGAUUACACUUGUUGGCAUGCUAUAAGUUUAAUAAGGAGCACUGCAUAUUUUACUUACUGAGUUUAUCUCGUAGUUUUUCAUUGUCCACCAUUUCAGGUAGCAAAGUCAAGGACGGGGAAAAACGAGAGGACUGACGAGUUAGAAGGCUAGCCAUCUUGUAAAUUUGAUAUAGAUUUUAGAUAUAGAUCAUAAUCUUGUAAGUUAGAUUUUAAUUGGAGAUUUUAUAAAUUCAUUGAAUGGAUUGUUAGUUUACAAGAAAUUUGACCUUGAGAUUUUGAGCUUAAGUCAUGUUGGACA